AUGAUGACCCACAGCUAGAGUUUUGGUCAUCUGACCGAGGGCUUACCCUGGCUUCCCGGUCCACCUCUUUAAAAAUCGUGGUUAUGAUUAUAACCAUGAAGUAGUAAUUUUGUACACUUAGUGCAUAUGUUUAAUAUGUUAGAAAAGUGUGCAAAGAGAUCUGUGGCACCGCACAAUGUGAUUGGUCGGCUAAGAUACAACGCAAAGCAUGAUUGGUUAGUUAAGAUACACCGCGCAACGUGAUUGGUCAAGAGUGUAUUGCCGAGUACUGACUAGAAUAAAUAAGCUUGGGAGAAAUUUUUUUGGUUAUUCUGGACUGGUGAGUUUGAUCAUAUGGUCGGUGUAAUGUCAAGCCGUGGGAAAGCAGCUGGCGCGCACAAGCGCAAGACCUUGGCUCACCGCGCAGGUCUUCAGUUCCCUGUAGCCAGGGUACAUCGCUACCUCAAAUCUGCAUAUCUCGCUCCCCAUGUCAGUGUUUUGGCAUCAGUUUAUUUAGCAGGAAUACUGGAAUACCUGAGCGCAGAAGUACUGGAACUUGCUGGCGACGUCGUUCGUAACACCAAGACUACUCGCAUCAAUCCUCGGCAUAUCUUGCUGGCAGUUCGUGGAGACAAAGAAAUAAACUCACUGUUCAGUAAUGUCACUAUUCCAGAGGGCGGAGUUGUACCCCAGAUCCAUUCUGCUCUUCUGUCUAAGAAAUCUCAAAAUAGUCUGCGUGACUCGAAGUCUUUGAAAUCCAUUCAGUAAUACAGUGCUCUUCAUAUAA